UAUACCAAAAUCAGUAGUUUAUGAAAAAAUACUAGUGCUUACAAAAACACACACAUAUACAUAUAUAAAAAACUAUAAACUCUUUCUAAACUAAACUUAAAAGCGAGUUCGAGCUCAAAUCUAAAUCCCAGCAACAACGCGCGCUCAAAGUAAUCGAAUUAUAAUUCAAAUAUAGAAUCAUUGGAGUGCAAAAACUAACCUGACAGCUAACUACUCUAUCGCAACUCUACUGUGUGCCAUUAGCCUAACUUAUCUGCUGAAAAGAUAAAUACCAAGCAGAUGUAUGUAUGUAUGUACAUAACGGACGGUGUGUAAACUUAUAAUGGCAGUUACAGCAGUGCUGAAAAUCUGUGUCAACAUCAUUGAACUUUAACUGCACCGUAAGGACCAGGCAGUUAGCUUUAAUUACGACGCGUCUUAUCUAGCAAAACACAAAAAAAAAAAAAAAACAACAAAACACAAAAAUACAAAAACUGAUAAAAAUCAUAUUAAGCUGAUAAAGUGUGUAAAUAUUUGCUGAAUUUGUGCAACUAUUGUGAUAAUAAUAGAGUGUUACCCAGUGCCAUACGACAGGAGCAGCAGCCAACUACCGUAUAUUAUUAGCAAAUCGCUGUAAACCGCGGCAGUUAAUUUUUGCUGCUGAAACCAAAAGCAACCAACCGAGCGCUAGUCCCACACACACAACACACAGAUUGACACACACACACACACACAUGUGCAUGUGCGCUUUGUGCAAAUAGCGGAAAUAACGGCAUAUUUAAUAGCGCGCCAACAGUGUGUAGGUGUAAUAACGGCAUAUAUGCAUUAAAGUGUAUUUGAGUGUGUGUAGUAGCGUAUGAGUGUGCGCGUGUGCGUGUGUAUGUAAAGUGAAGAAAAACCACCACAAACGCCAAUAAAAUUUUGCAAACAAACCGCGUAAAUGAUGUUGCACUCCAUGAAAUUGUGCGCCGAUCAGCUCAAUGGCAUAACGGCAACACCUACGGACGCCGCAACAGCAGCGGCAACAGCAGCAAUGCGCGUUGCUAAUCCGUCGGCAACAUUGCCAACACCUGUUGCCAUUGUAAAUGCAAAUACCAAUGCUGCCAUUUCGGAUAAUAAUAAUUUAAAUACUAGCAACAACGCCGCCAACAUCGCCAGCCUAGUCAGCAAUGGUAAUAUUAACAGCGGCAACAACAACAGCGGCAACAGCAACAGCAAUGGUAUCGUGCAUCGGCAACUUCAUCAGUAUCAAGGCAAAUAUUUGGAAGCGCCGACUGCCUCGAAAUUCCAUCCAUAUUUGCGUCCGACGCCAGUGUUGGCCAACGAGAAUUCGUGCAGCUCGCCAACUGUGGUGGGUACAAGUGCAUUUGCGGCAACACUGUUUCCCGCAUUUCAAAGUACGGUAAAUUCCAACGUUGCCGCCAACAAUACAACUGUAACCGCAGCGGUUGUUGGCGGCGCUGUUAACGCCACGACAGCACCGAGUGGAUUACUAACUUUGCCAACAACACCACUGACAGCCGUUUCGAACACCACCACCAACAACAGCAACAACAACAGUGCGUUAGCAACAGCAGCCGCAUUCAUUAAUUCCGAUGCUGGCUUUGGUAAUGGCAACGGCGGCGCUGGCAACAACUACACAACAGCGCACUUCACUAGUGAACUAAUGUCUGAAAAUGAGGACAUUAACAGCGCUCAAACAAACAGUAACGAACCAAGUUGUGCCACUGAUGCUUAUACCGAGUCGAUGCUGACCGAUGAUUGCUCAAAUUUAAUAGCCCUUUCGAACAAUAACUGCACAAAUGGCAAUGCCGUGGAUAAUACAAAUGGUGAUGCCACCGAAGAUAAUGAAUUCAACAAAGAUCAACCAGAUCCGGACAAUAUUAAAAUGUUUGUCGGUCAAAUACCCAAGUCCUGGGAUGAGGCGCAAUUACGCAAAAUGUUCGAACAAUAUGGACGCGUACACACUUUGAAUGUGCUGCGUGACAAGGUGACGUCGGUGAGCAGAGGGUGCUGUUUUGUUACGUAUUAUACACGCAAGGCUGCUUUGAAGGCACAAGAUGCCUUACAUAACAUAAAAACACUCGAAGGGAUGCAUCAUCCCAUUCAAAUGAAGCCGGCUGAUAGCGAAAAUCGUAAUGAGCGUAAACUUUUCGUUGGCAUGCUGAAUAAAAAGUAUAAUGAGGCCGAUGUGAGGCAGCUGUUCACGGGCCAUGGCACCAUCGAGGAGUGUACGGUGUUGCGCGACCAAAAUGGGCAGAGCAAAGGUUGCGCUUUUGUGACGUUUGCAACGAAGCACAAUGCCAUUGGAGCGAUUAAGGCUCUGCAUCAAAGCCGCACCAUGGAGGGUUGUUCGGCGCCGCUCGUUGUCAAAUUCGCCGACACACAAAAGGAGAAGGACCAAAAGAAAAUGCAGCAGCUGCAGGCGAGUCUUGUCGGCAUCACCGCACUGACGACCCCCUCCACCGGCAGCAUUGCUGGUCUGGCUGCGACGCCUACCAACGGCCUCAGUCCGGCUUCGGGCGCCACCCUAGUACCCAGCCCCCUAACGGCAGCCAGCGUGCGCUCAAAUUCCUCAAUGUCGGCAGCAUUGGCAGCCGUAGCCGCUGCACCACAACCCACCGCUGUCGCUAAUCCUGCCUCCGCUUUGGUACCAACAUCGGCAGCGAUCUCAGUGUCGCCAUCGCUACUAACGGCCGCCGGCACAGCAGCGCAGCAAGCAUCGCCAUACCUGACCACCACGGAUGCCAUGAAUGCGUCGGCCGCACAACUACACCUAUUCCAGCAAUUGCAGGCCUUCGGUCUACAUCCAGCGCAGUAUUUACAAGGACUAAAUUUCCCACCGGAUCACAGUGUCACAACCGCAUCUCUAUCGGCCGCUGCCGCCGCCGCCGCCAACCAUGCCACAGCCGGUGCAGCUGAUGCGUCUGGCCAGCCCAGCAACACUGUUGGCAAUGGACUACUCUCAGCUCGAUCCAUUCCGAUGCAGAACCUGGUAACGCUGGCCGCACUAGGUGCGCACAACUAUUCACCCAACCAAGCGCUGCAGUCACACAGUCACCUUGUCACCUCAUCACAUCAACAACAACAACAGAAUCAACAUCAACAACAGCAACAACGUCACAUACACGGACUUGCGUAUGAUCCCGCACGGGCGUUGAGCGCCAGCAAUCAAGCGCAGGCGCAAGCGCACAUAGCCCAUCUACUACAAACGCCCCUAACUAUGACGGCACAGCUGACCGGAGCCACCGCUGCCAAUAUUUGGCCCGGUGGAGAAAGCCUUACCUCACCCUAUGCACCGACACUAAGCCCCUUAACUAAUGGUGCCGCCUUUGCAACAACUGCUACACCGCUAACCACCACUGCACUGCAGGCUGCGGCAGCAGGAGUCGCUGGGAAACAAGUCGAAGGACCGGAUGGCAGUAAUCUUUUCAUUUACCAUCUACCUCAGGAAUUCACCGACACUGAUCUCGCAUCCACAUUUCUACCAUUCGGCAAUGUGCUGUCCGCCAAAGUGUUCAUCGACAAGCAAACUAAUCUGUCCAAAUGUUUCGGUUUUGUGUCCUACGAUAAUCCGCUGUCGGCGGGCGCGGCCAUACAGGCAAUGCACGGUUUCCAAAUCGGCACCAAACGCUUGAAAGUACAACUAAAGCGCUCUAAGGAUGCAGCUAAGCCAUAUUGAAGCAGCUAAAGCAUAGUCGCCGGCAGCUAAUGUGUGACAAUGCGGAUGAUAAAUGAGACGUUGAAGCGGAAAUAGUAGAUGAUAAAGAGUAUAGCCUGCAGCGACAAAUAAACCAAAGGCCCCAAAUUUUCAUAGUGAAAAUAAAAGUUCAAGUCAAAGUGCUUAAAAGCACACAUACAUACAUAUAUACAUUUUAUUGCAUAUAUAUAAAUAUAUAAAGACCAAAGAAAGAGCUUAAACUAAAACAAAGCAGGCAAAAACUGUUAGGGAAGUAGCUUUUCUGUAGCAUGGUUACAUUCAAACAAAUUUGCUGAAUUGUUUAGGGAUAAAUUAAAAAGCAAAAUAAAGGCAAACUAAAAUGUUGUUUUUGUUUUUGUAUGUAAACUGUAACUAUACAAAAUAUGCAGCAACAAUUGUUAUACCUAGUAUAUGUAUUUAUAUUUACAAAAGUCCAUAAUUACAAAGCAAAAAUUGUUCUUGUAAUUAAAUGUACCAUAAAUACAACCUCAUUUAGUAAGAUUUGUUGUAAAAGAUAUUUUUUGUUUCAAAAGUGAUUUUUUGCAAAUUUAAAAUUAUAUUAUUAACAGUGCUGAAACAAAGAUUCAUCAAUUUCUCAAUGCCUCGUGGCAAGAAGAAAAAAAAUUCGCCCUGCGGUUAACCAAGGAGCUAGCACAUAUUUAAAGAAAAUUCAACACUAUAGCUAAGAUAAUAUAAGACAAAAGUUGUUAUAAUUUUGUUUUAUUUCUU